CGACGUAGCUCUGUUGUCACCGGCUUUUUACGCUCGCCUCUGGGUCACGGUCUUGCAGCCCCCUGGUCAAGAUGGCCGGAACGAGCUCUGUGGCUGGUGAAGUUUUUGUGGAUGCUUUGCCGUAUUUUGACCAAGGUUACGAUGCGCCAGGCGUUAGAGAAGCGGCUGCUGCUUUGGUUGAAGAAGAAACUAGAAGAUACAGACCCACCAAGAAUUAUUUGAGUUACCUUCCUACACCAGACUUUUCUGCUUUUGAGACCGAAAUAAUGCGCAAUGAAUUUGAAAGGUUGGCAUCUAGGCAGCCUAUGGAGCUUCUCAGUAUGAAAAGGUAUGAGCUGCCAGCUCCUUCAUCUGGCCAGAAGAAUGACAUUACUGCUUGGCAGGAGUGUGUAAACAACUCCAUGGCACAGCUGGAACACCAGGCUGUUCGUAUUGAGAAUUUAGAACUCAUGCUGCAAUAUGGUAGCAAUGCAUGGAAGCUUUAUAAUGACAACCUGGUACAUUUGAUUGAGCAAACACAGAAGGAGUUACAACGGUUCAGAAAGCAGAUCCAGGAUUUAAACUGGCAGAGGAAGAAUGAUCAACUUUCAGGAGGAGCAAAGCUUCGGGAGCUCGAGUCCACAUGGGUAUCACUGGUCAGCAAGAACUAUGAGAUUGAACGAGCUAUUGUCCAGCUGGAGAAUGAAAUUUAUCAGUUGAAGCAGCAGCAUGGGGAUGAGAACAAAGAGAACAUCCGUCAAGAAUUCUGAGUGACCACAUGUUUGCUGACGGCUGCUAAAUGCAUGGGGCACAGCUUCUGAGAGUAUGGGAUUUCUAAGAGAAACCGUUGAAGCUAUGAAAUGACUGCUAAAGCUGUGCGAAUAGCCCUUCGAGUUAAGAGUGUUAAUGAUGUAGAAAUAUGAACUCCUUCCUCUCCCAACAUUAGAUACUUUAAUAAUACUGGCUGCCAUCUAAAUGGAGGGACACUUUUAUUUUUAUAAAUAUCCACAAGAUGUUUUUCAUAUCAUGGUAAAAUUGUGCUUCUGUCAUGUCCACCUUUGUAUGGAAUUUUAAUAUAAAAAGUGCUUCAAUACCUGUGA